CAUAUCUGCCAAAAAUUUUGUUUACCUCUGGUGCCGUGGAAAUUAAUAGUAAAUCAAUUUGUGUUGUGCUGGGAAAAAUUAUUUUUAUGUGAGCUAUUCUCAAAAAUCAAAUUAAAGUUCAUGAUAAAAUGGCCGGCGAAGUACUUGUUGAUGCGCUUCCAUAUAUCGAUCUUGGAUAUGACGACCCAGGAGUUCGUGAAGCGGCCAUAGCUAUGGUUGAAGAGGAAUGUCGCCGAUACAGACCUACGAAAAACUAUCUCGAACACCUGCCAACGUCUACCACCGUUGGUUUCGAAACCGCACUAAUGACGGCUGAGUUCGAGCGGAUCCAAUCCCGUCUGCCGAUGGAACCGCUCAGCAUGAAACGCUACGAACUUCCACCUCCGCCGGCGGGGAAAAUGUCCGAAGUGUCCGCCUGGUCGGAGAGUGUGGAUAAUUCGAUGGCCCAACUCGAACAUCAGGCUGUUCGUACGAUGAACCUUGAUCUGAUGAUGGAAUAUGGUUGCGAAAUGUGGAAAUCAUAUCUCGAGGUGCUUACCGCGAUGCAAGCAAAGGCUCAGGCUAGAUUGGAGACAAUGAAGAAAGAAAUUCAGGACGUUAACUGGAAGCGAAAGUCGAAGCAAACCCAAGGCGGUGAGAAACUACGAUCGUUGGAGGCACAGUGGGUUAUGCUGGUAUCGAAAAAUUACGAAAUCGAGCAAGCGUGCGUGAAACUGGAGGAGCGAAUUUACCAGAAGAAAAUUGAAAAAGGCUUGAUAUAUGAAGCAGAUGACGAAUAAAAUGUAAAAGCAAAGGCA